GAAAACCAGCCCAAUACAGGAAGAACUCCUUAGGCUGCUUUUCCACCAGAGAGAUGUGUAGCUGUGCUGUGGAAAUGUGUAGGGGUUUCCACCAGAGCUGUGCGAGCUCGAUUAUAACAACAACAACAACUCUACGCGGAUGAUGACAGCUGUCUAAAGAGCAAUAACGCUGAGUUCGAGGAAGGCCUUGAGGUGGCCUGAAAUAAGGACGGAGUCAAGGAAGGUUGGAGUUAACAUCUUACAAUACGGGUAUCAGUUACGCUAGUAUAAAUUCAUCACCUCCCUAGCAUUAUCCCCUUUUUCACAAUAUCCGCUAACCUAACCUGAAGAAUUGUCAGGUCCGGUUUUUUACAGAAGCGACUGCCUGUCUGACCUUCCAACCUGCGAAGGGAAAACCAGCCCAAUGCAGGUUAGGUUGCAUACCUCCGAAAAUGCAUUUCUCGGGAAUGUGGGUUUCCUUCACCACUGAGGACGUGAUAAUCUUUUAUGAUCUAAACAUGAAUGCGAAAAUUCGACAGUUAUUGGGUUAGGGAUGUGCUGGAUUCGAACCUGCGACCUCAAAGUGAGAGGCAAGCGUUCUACCAACUGGGCUACCACGGCUCAUACGCCGCUACGCUUGUAUAAAUUGUAAAUGUAUUUUUUUCAGAUUCCCAAACGAUGUCUGAUAAACAGAAAUUGGAGAAUGAGAAAAACUCCGACAUGAGUCUUGAUAUCCCUUACCCAACUGAAGAACUUAUGACUGUGAAAUCUUACCGAAAGUCUUAUCGAAUAUUGAAACUCGUUGGGAUCUUGCAAUUGUUAAGUAUUCUUUAUCUCUUUCUAACUUGGGCGUACAUAGACAUGAAAAACUCUCCUUCCGCACACAGAAAUCGCACCAAAAAAUACCCGAUAAUGGUUUGGCACACCAACGAUCUUUGGUGGGCACGAUGUAACAGAAAAGUGCUUUGCACCGACCAUUUUGGCAAAAUCGAAUGCGAUGUGAUUCUUCAAGAGUAUCAUCCGGAGGACGUAGAUGCUUACUUGUUUUAUUCAGGGUAUGUGAAAACGUUUCCUUUACCAAGACACCCGAAGACGCUUUGGGCAGUUAUGCUGGACGAAUCUCCGAUAAAUCGCCUCCAAUUCAUGUAUGAAAAAGCGUUGAAUUUGUUCAAUGUAUCUGCUUCAUUUAGUCGUUACAGUGAUGUACCAAUGCCGCUAAUAUGGUUAUCAGGGUACGAUGAAUUGGUCGCCUCCACAUAUUACGUUAAUACGUCUAUGAAGAAUGCUUUACUUUCAAAGUUAAAGAUAGCUCCUGUAUUGUACAUCCAAUCAAAUUGUGACACGGCAACAGAAAGGGAUGUUUAUGUUAAAGAAAUCAUGAAAUACAUUGAAGUAGACUCUUACGGAGCAUGUUUGAAUAACAAGAACUUACCUUUACAAGUGGAGUUUAACCAUUUGAAUGGAACGGAUGGGUAUCUGUCUCUUCUGUUCGAUUCAGAAAUCUUCAAAUUCAUAGCCAGAUACAAAUUCAUGAUUGCUAUUGAGAAUGCCGUUUGCAACGACUAUAUGUCAGAAAAACUGUGGAGAGUUAUAGAAGCGGGCGUGGUGCCAAUCUACUACGGCUCGCCGCUGAUCAGGGACUGGCUGCCGAACAACAAGUCGGCCAUACUGCUGGAGGACUUCCCCACGCCGGAGCUGCUCAGCCAACACCUGCACUACCUCCUGAACAACGACACGGCGUACGAAGAAUACCUCGAGCAUAAGAUUCACAAACGCGUCACCAAUCAGAAGUUAAUCAACGAACUGACAGCUAGACCUCACGAAGUGGAUCUUUCGGGUGUGGUAGAAGAACUGGAGUGUCUAGUAUGUAGUAAGCUGCAUCGUAACAUGAGUAAUGUCAAUAUGGUGACGAAGAAGCACUACGAUUGUCCAAUACCGACAUCUGCGUUGACUCUGUCGGUGAAUCCGAAAAAUGGAUGGAUAAAGCGUUUGACGGAAGAUAAGGAACGAGUAGAGCAGCUUUACCAGGAGAUUGGGCAGUCAGAUCUGACGCCACGAGAGUCACGAACAUCGUGGUGAUCAGAGACGCAAUCUAUACAAAUUGGUGAUUUAUUUAUGAGGAGUCACUGUAGUCCUGUACAUCUUGCUUCCCAAAUGGAGAGCGCCGGUUCGA